AUGGCUCGUGUGGGCGUUGCAAACUAUAGCCACUCCACUGCAACACCAGUGCUGCAAGACAAGUACUGGAGAGAAGGUCUCGAGCGGGCCCAGCGGGACCAUGCCUUCAGCGUGCUCAACGAGCCCUUUCCGAAGGCCAGCUACGCCUACAUCAACACCACCUCCAAUGACUUUCUGGGCCGGACAUGGCAGGUGUUACACCAUACCACCAGCACCGCGGCUGGGAAGUGCAGCUUCCAUAACAAUGUGGCCAAGCCCAUGUCGACAGUGGUCAAGGCGAAUAGUGCGAGCAUGUCCCUCGAACCACGGCCGAAGAGUGGUGCCCAAGGGCAGAUGACUACUCCGCAGUGGCUGGUGGAGCCGGGGUACCCCGAGCCAGCGCGUAGCACGCGUAGCCGAGCCAGUUCAAGGGGGCGUAGUUCAACUGCAGUAGCAGCACAGGGUGUGCUGCAGAACCAGAUGUCUGCACCAACACUGCGCUUGGAGGACGACGCGAGGUCGGUCCGCUCCGGUGCCUCGAGCCGGCGCUCGUUCCGCAGCCAGGUGCAAUGA